AUGGAAUAUUCCCAAAAUUCCUCCUGGGGCUAUAACAAUUCUACAGAAAGCAUCAUCAAAACAGGAAGCGAUGUUUUGACAUUUCAUCAGUUUGUGAUGUUUGAAGGAAUACUAAAUGCAGCACGAGCUGUCAUUUCACUUUUAGGCAUUUUUGGAAACACAAUCAACAUCCUGACAUACAUCUCCAUGGGCAACAAAGAUGGAUUCUCUCUGUCUAUGACAUUACUAGCUGGCAUUGAACUUGUUCAUGUCAUUGUCAUCUUUAUGAGGAGUGUGGCUUACGGAUUGUUUAUUGUUGAGUACUCUACACAGUUCGUCACGUGGUUUCCGGUGGAGCCUUUUGGUCUUUAUCUUUACUUUGGUCACGUGGCUCGACUUCCUUAUACUACGGUCGUGUUGACUACGAUGUUCUUAUCCUUUGCCAGAUGCAUGUGUCUCUCGAGACCGUUACAAUUCAAGAGCAUGUUCACCGUUUCAAAGUCAAUAUGUGUCACUUUUCUUGCGAUUAUUAUUUCUGUCGGAAGCUACACUCCACUACUGAUGACUAUGUCCAUGGAGUUACAAUACGACUCUCGGAUCAAUUCUACGAGGGUCAUUUUCUGGGUCACUGCAGGAAGAGAACAAGUCAGAAUCAUCACUUGGAUUGCCAGAAACGCGACACUUCCUGUGUCCACUCAGGUUGUGAUAGUUUGCUGCGUGCUUCACAUGAGUAAAAAACUUCAGAGGUCCCUAAACUUUCGUCUCUACCCGCAAGGAUUCAGCCAAUCAACAAAAGCAACCGUAUUAACUAGACUGAAAACUCCAAAAUUAGCGUCCGAUAAAACUAAAGCAAAUGUCCUGACAGGUAAAGAGAGACGAGUCAUUCAGCAAAUGGUUGUAAUGUGUAUUGUAGUCAUCGUCUGUGACCUCCCCGAGAUACUCAUCAGCCUGGCUUCAGUCUUGGAACCAACUUUUGGUUUUCGUAAGUCUCUUAAUAACAUUUACCUGGCGGUCAUCGGGGUCAAUCACGUGUUCCAGGUGGUCAAUACGAGCAUCAACAUAAUCAUCUACUGGAACUACAGCAGUAGAUACAGACACAACUGUUGCCUAUCUAAACUUUAUGUGCUGGACACAAGACAUUAA